AUGAAUGCAAUUAUGAAGCUUUCUCAUAGAUCAUCCUCUUUCAGUCAGGGAGACAUCUAUAGUAGACUUCUUGAUAUGCAUGAUGAGUUAUCGAAAUCCAGUAGAAGUCUAAACAACCUCAUAAACUAAAGUUUAAGAUAAUUAUAGAAACCAAAAGAAGAUAAUCGUUUUAGUUUUUCAGCUGAAUUUCAAUAACAAACUCAAGAAUAAGAAAAAGAAGAGGAAGAGUGGGAUCAUUUGGAUGAAGAGGAUGAGAAGAAAUAGAUAAAUGAAAGAGAGUAGAUUUUAGAGAAUAAAAUAAAGAUUUACGAGUCCGCUUUGAUAACUUUAGAAGAAGAUAAACAGGAAAAAGAUGAAGAAAUCAUGAGACUUAAGAAUUUGUAAAAGUAGAGUCUAUAAAUAGGUUGAAUGAAUAAGAUAAAUAAUAAAACAUAUAAAAUGAUGAAGAAAAUAAGAAUUAAAGUGUGAUCAGAAAACAAUUGUAAAUUUUAGAUGAUCAUUUAAACUUCUUAGAAGAAAGAAAACUGAUGUAGUAAAAAAUCAAAGAGUACGAAGCUAAGUUUAAAGAGUAGAAAGAAAUUAUCGAUUCUUAAAAAUUAGAAAUAUCUCGCUUAAAGCAUAUAAAUUAGUAUUUACAUAAGUCAAUUGAUAAAUUAUAAAAGUUGUGA